UUUCCUUCAAACUCCUAUCAUCUUCUUCUUCUUCUUCUUCUUCUAUAUAACUUACGUGUUUCCCUCUCCCUCAAUCUCUCUCAUUCAUUUCCUUUCUUUCUUUCUAAGCGUUUUGGUAUUACCGGAAAAUACUAGAUAUUCUUUCUAUAAUAUAAAAACCAUUCAUUAAUUAUGGAUAAUUCUGAUUAUUAUCUUCUUCAGCACCAACCUGAUCAUCAUCUUCAUCAUCUAAACUUUCUAAACCAACAACAAAUCAUCACAACUAUGAUGAAUCAUCAUCAUAAUAAAGGAUCGUUAGAGACGACGGCUCCAAUGGUACUUGUCAUUAUGGGUGUUAGCGGCUCUGGCAAAACUACCAUCGGCGAGUUGUUAGCAAAGACGAUGGACUUCGGUUUUCUCGACGCCGAUGAUUUCCAUCCAGUUGCAAACAUAGAGAAGAUGAGUAAAGGGAUCCCUCUAAACGAGGAAGACAGGAUACCAUGGCUGGAAACACUCCGAGACACCCUCAGAACGAAGAUCAACCAGAUCAGUUCGAGCAGUAAUGGUACUUACGACGACGUUGAUGAUGACAAGAAGAGGAAAGCAGUCCUUUGUUGUUCAGCUCUGCAGAAGAAGUACAGAGAGAUUCUGAGAACUGCUGAUCCUAAUUACAAGCCAGGGAGUUAUGUUCCAGGCAGGGUGAAGUUUAUUUACUUGGAGACGCCCAUUGAGGUGCUGUUGAACAGAGUUAAUAAGAGGGCGGCAGAAGGAAAACAUUUCAUGCCUGCUUCGCUCUUGCAGUCGCAAUUAGACUUGCUUCAGAUUGAUAAUGAGCAUGAGAAAGACAUCACUGUGGUUGAUGGCACUCUGCCUCCACAGUUUAUUGUAAAUGAUAUCCGAUCACUCAUUCUGUGAUCUGUGUAUUAAUCAAUUCCAGCAUUUUGUUGCCAAGAAAA